AUGACAUAUUCACAACACCUAAAGUCAAUUACACCAAAAGCCACAUCGAUUCCAAAAGAUACGACUUUAGAGGAGACUCCAAGAACCAUGAAAUUAACAACUUCAAAAAGACGAGGAAAAAAUCAUGAAGAAAGCUAUAAUGCUACAAAAAUUAAAGCAAAAGUGAACAGGAAAUGGGGAAACAGCACACUAUUAGAAGCAGCGCUACCUUUUAUCGGAAGGGAUAGGAUUAUGAAGGAAGUGCAAGUAAUGUUGCGAUGUAAAAAAGUACCAAAAAAAGCCAAACAUUUGUUAAGAAGUGCAUUUAAUAAGGGGAAAGGUGAAUGUGUCGGGAAAGAGAGAUAUGUUAGAGAUAAGGGUUAUGUUGUGGAAGGGGUAUGUUGGGAAAAGGGAAAAGGAGUUAUAGCAAGGAAGAAAUAUGUCGGAGAGUGGAUAAAUCGUCGGCGAAAUGCGCACCACCCGGAUAAAUCAGGGAAGUGGAUAAUUCGGGAAUAG